UAAGGGUGUUUUGAGCAGCAAAACUCUUCAAGCUGUUCACUGAUAAGACAUCAAAUGGCAUUUGUGUUUAUAGUAGAUUUUGUUAAUUGAUCAGAUAGAUCACCAGGAACCAUGACUGGAUAAGAUUUUAGAUGAAAACAUCAUUAAUACAACAUAAUUUUAUACAUCAAACCACCUCAGUUGAAGACGGGACAACAACAUGGGAGCUUCUGAGUCUCAACCUGAGAAAAGGAUUGUGCUUCUUGGGAAAACUGGAGAUGGUAAGAGCAGCGCUGGGAAUACGAUUCUCAAACAGCAAGUCUUCAAGAGUAAAGCUUCACCUGAGUCUGUGACGGCUGAAUGUGUCAGUGGAGAUCGGAAGGUCGAUGGCAAAAAGAUCACAGUUAUUGACACUCCUGGACUCUUUGACACAGGAUUGGAUGAAGAGACCAUCAAAUCCGAGAUCAUUAGAUCCGUGAUUGAAAGCUCUCCGGGUCCAGACAUGUUCACCAUUGUCCUGAAGGUCGGGAGAUACACAGGACAAGAAAUGGAGAUUGUGGAUAAAAUCGUCGAGUAUUGUGGAGAAGAUACUUUUAAUCAUUCAGUGGUGUUAUUCACUCACGGAGAACAGCUAGAAGGUCAAACCAUCGAGGAAUUUGUGAAGAUGAGUCCAAAGCUACAGGAGCUUGUUGAUAAAUGUGGAGGCCGCUGUCAUGUCAUCGACAGUAAAUACUGGAAAAAGCGGCAAAUGGGAUACAGGAGCAACAGGGUUCAGGUGAAAAAUCUGCUGGAGACCAUCGAGCAGAAGCUGAAGGACAAUAAGAACAGCUGCUACACCAAUGAGCUUCUUCAGAUAGUGGAGGAAGAGAUUCAAGAGGAGAUGAAGAACAUAAACGAGGUCAAUUUGUUGCCAGAAGAGAAACGAGAAGUAGCAAAAAAGAUUGUGCACAAAAGACUUCUCGUUCGGCUUGCGGGAGUGACCACAGGGACACUGACCGGUGCUUUUCUGGGUAUCGGUGUCGCAGUGGCGUCUGUUGUGACUUUACUGAAAGCCGCCAAGGUUCCCGGAUUGGUAGAAGCAGGAACUGUAGCAGGAGCAGCUGGAGUCACGGGAAUCGCUGCAGGAGCAGCAGCAGUGAAGGCAGGGGUUGUUGCCGCAGGGGCUGGCGUUGGAUUAGCUGGUUCAGGUAUCGCUGCAGCUACAGGUGUCGCUUUUGGAGUUGCAGCUCUUGCCGGAGCGAUCGGAGGAGGAAUUACUGGAUACAAGGCGGCAGAUGAAGGCGAUUCAGUGUGUGACGCAAUAAAGAACACAGCCAAACUCAACUAUGAGAAUGCCAAAGGUGCAGUGAAAAAGGCAAAGAAACAUCAACACAAACUGUUAAAAAAGGAGAACAACAGUACGGAGGGAACAGAGCAGUUAUAGUGGUAUACUCUUUCGUUUUAAUUUUAAGAUUAGAGAUUAUAUUGUAGAUUAGGUUGUUGUAUGUGCUUUUUUUUUUUUUUUUUUUAAAUCUAAAUAAUGCAUGGUGGUUUUUAACUCUCUUCUCUUUAAUUAUAUGAACAUGCAGACAUAUUAUUUAUUAUGAAGUAUAUAUUUUUUGUUGCUGUGAUUAAUUAUAAUUCUAAUAAUAAAAUGAAUAAUAAUAAUAAAAUAUUUUUCUCUUUUCUAUUUGUGAAGGACUCGUUUUAUUCUUACAGUAUAAUCUUGGCCUGCAUGACAACGGCUAAAUCUCUCAUCACAUUUUAGUUAUUUUCUUAUAAGCUCUUAAUUUCAGGGUAUACUAAAAACUCUUCAUUUAUCUUUUUAUACAUGUUGCUGUCUGUCCAGCAGAUGGCGCUCGUGCAACUCGUACAUUAACUGUCUUGUAGUUAAACUUAGUUGCCAGUAAUUUUUGACAUGGAAGUGGCUUUAAUAUACGAAGAUCCAGCAGCUGUUGCAAGUAUUGAUUCUCAGUUUUACUGGUAGGAUGUUAUUGAAAAAAGUCACCCUGAAGACUACAGCUUUUAGAACUG